AUGUAUGAUUGUAUAGAAAAACAAUCAGAUGCUUCCAAAAAAAGAAGAGUAGAGCAACAUAAAGAAUACAAUCCAAAUCCAACUAAGAAAUCUCGUGAACAUACUGGCAAAAAGCCAGAUUUUAGUUUCAAAAUAAGAAAGUCGUCAUCUGAAAUCAAAAUAAAAUUCAAGCUUCUUGUAGAAAAUGAAAAUAAGACAAAGGACGAUCGUUAUAAAUUGUAUCGGAUGAUGAAAGACAUUCAUGAUUAUAUAUUUAAAACAUAUAUUUCUAAAUUUAGUGGAGUAGAGAUUGUCAAAAUUGGACAAUUAGAAAUAUACAGAGUUCUUGUUACAGGUUUUAAAUUGAUUGUGUUUGUUCUUGACAGACCCGGAUAUGGAUUAUACAGAGUCCGAAAAGUUGAUGAGGUAAUUAUACCCGUAAAAAAAAAGGACGAUAAAAUUAUACUAGUACUUGAAUCAUUAAUGUACACCGUUAUGCAAACAAAGAAUUUUAUUAACGAUUUAUUCCGUAGCAAAACCAAAAAAGUCAACUUAAAAUUUGUUUCAACGCCAUCAACAAGCAGAUCACCUCCAAGAUGA